AUGGGCGGCACCGGAGAGGGUAGCGGCCGCGCCGCCUCCCCGCGUGGGGAGUGUCGGAAGGAUUAUGUACAGUUGCUUCGGACGGCUCUUGGGGGCAAUAAACCCGUAAGCGGAUCCACAAUAGCGCGACUUGUUAAUCAGUACAACCCACAAUAUGAUGUACCUUGUGGCCGGCAGGAUAUUGAAAACAGUCGCUACUUAAAUGAGGAACUUUGCGAGUUGCUUCUGGACGACCGCCGUGCCAGCGCAAAGUAUCAUUUGCAAACUGACAAGAGUCUAAAAACGUUCUUGCAGCUCGUGAGCGAAAACAAGCACAUUAUGCGAACUUAG